CCUAGGUUCUAAGGAAUGCGUCAAAUAUCGUUCUCAACUGUCACUUAAAGCCGCGCCUCGUUCUCAUUUAGAAAACACUCGGCGCCGACAGCCAGCGACACGCAGUCUGUGUUUUGGAGCAAACUCAACGGGACUGAAUUCGCCAAGUUUGAACUCAGAAAGACUUGAAAUCAGCACUGGUAACUACUAGGUAACACUUUGAUAUCAAAUCAGGUGGAUCGUGUUGCGCAACUUGACUUCCAGAGAAGUUGGCGAAAAAUUUGGAUAUCUGCUAGAGAGUCAACUAAAGGCAAAGACAAACUUGGCCAGCGCUUUUGUUAAAAGAAGAAAACAAGAAGGAAAGAUGUGAUUGGUGGUUGAUAUCCGCCGGCAAGUAACAAUCUAUCCAAUAGUGAGCAUUGACCAUGUAUGCUGUAGGACAACACGUUACAUCAUUGGCGCGGACCGAGGCACUGGCGCGGGAACAAGGCAAUCAUCAUAUGAGGGAGGACGACGAACUGGUGUACUACCCGCCACUGAAAUACAACAACUUUGAGGCGAGAGCAGGGCUGAACCAACAAGUGUAUUCUGGAAACGUGAACCCAAACAAGACAGGGUUUGAUUACAACUACAUGGAACAUAAUGGCAACGCUGGAAUCUCCUCACCGAAUGGUGUUAAUUUUUCGAGCUGUAACACGCAAAGUGGCCAACAAAUCAACAUGAAUGACAACCAGUGCGUUAGUCCUUUUACACAGGGUGAAACUAAUUGUUACAUUCAAGCAACCAUGCAAAAGUGUCCACCAAAUGCCAGGACAGAUCCUAUCGCAGGACUAGCACAGUUAGCCGAGAAGGCAAGCUUUACAAGCGAAUUAGUUGAUAGUGGUGACACGCGGUCUGCGAACCACUCACGCAAUGGACUACCUCGUAUAGAUCAACAAGACAGGACUUUUACUUUUCCAAACUCGCCAAACUUACGGAAUUCGCUAAUCGAGACAGAACGUCAGCCUUUCGAGUAUCGAAAAGAACAUUAUCAGCCUCCUUAUUUGAGCGAUUCGCUCUGCAAAAGUCGAAGCGUUGCUGGAUAUCCUGUUCCUGGCUCCACUCUGACUGACUUGCAGUCUAGACACAUUGCUAGACACCAAGAAAGACGGAGAUCUUACGAAGUAUAUCCAGAGCAAGACCCCGAACGAAUAAUACAGUCACCUGAGUGUUAUCCCUACAACGACCACGAAAGCAACGCUUUUAUUAAAUCCUGCUCGUUCGAUCAAUACCAAGCAUUGAGCAAGGACAAAUCUGGGAUUAUUCCCAACGUUACUGUCUUCAACACUGACCCACAAACAAAAUCAGCACGCUUUUUCGCGCCCGUUAAGUCAAGAUCUGAGGAGAUUCUGAAGAAAACACUCUCAAGAUUUGGGAAAAUCCUUUCGCCAACUGAUAGCGGGGAAAAGAGGACGGAAUUCGAUGAUAAAUGGCCAAACCUCACUGAAAAUAAGAAGGAAAAACGAGGUAAUACCUCAAGUUCGAAAAGGUCAAGUUGUGUGGAAUCUGAAGAUGGACUGUGCUCUUGUAAGUGGAUAGGAUGCGAAGCUAUUUACUCGGAGCAAGAUGACUUGGUUCGACACAUCGAGAAAGUCCACAUCGAUCAAAGGAAGGCUGAUGAUUUAUACAUAUGUUAUUGGGAGAACUGUUCUCGUCAAACCAAGCCCUUUAACGCUCGCUACAAGCUGGUUAUUCAUAUGCGAGUACAUUCAGGCGAGAAGCCAAAUAAGUGUACGCACCCAGGAUGUAAUAAAGCAUUCUCAAGACUAGAGAAUCUUAAAAUACACAUGCGAUCACACACUGGAGAAAAACCCUACAUCUGUCAGUUUCCUGCAUGUCCRAAAGCCUUUUCAAACUCGUCGGAUCGAGCAAAGCACCAGCGCACUCACCUGGAUACMAAACCAUAUGCAUGUCAAGUUCCUGGAUGUCCAAAGAGGUAUACAGACCCGAGCUCCUUGAGGAAGCACUUCAAGCAACAUGCUAGUGGCAAAGUCCCUAAUAAUAAUGGACCAAAGAAUAAGCAAARAAUUAGAGGAGCCAAGACUUCAAAGAGAGAGCUCUUAGGAGAAGGUGUUACAAGACCCCUUGUUGAUCUAGGCGUACCUGAUGAAUACAUCAAGCAACAGCACACGCUAGAAGCACUUCGAAAAAGUACMGAGGGAAUGAUAGGAUCCUUAGAAAAUAACAACUAUGCUCCUAUGCCUCAAGACAUGCAGAACUCCUGGAACACACAGGAAGGAAUGUAUCCAUUUACGACCCCCCAACCACCUGUCGCCAGGGCAACCACGCCCACAAUUGGGGAACCACAAGAACAUUACUAUACUCAAGUACUUAGUAAUAUGGAGAUUCCAACYUUUGAAGACACUUUAAAACCUCUAUCAUCAGCAUGAUUUUAUUAAGAUUAUUAAACUAAUAUUAGUUUAUUAGUAAUAAUCUAGGGUUUGUUUACGAAGYACAGCAGAUGCACAGUCAGACCUUUGUACAUUCAAAAAAGAAUAUUUUUAAUCUUAGUGUGUAUAAUUGGUACAUGUUGUGUGAAUUUGAAGCUUGCRAAAUUAUCACUGAAUCUUAUACAGGAUUUCUUUAGAAGUUUCCAAUAUAAAACCUAAUUUUCAUUUAAUACAAUUUUCAAAGAGUGAUUAGUCUGACAAUCGAGUAAUUAUAUUAGUUAAUUAUCAAAUAAUCGGUUUUAACCUUACCUAGUUUUUAGGAUGACCUAUGUAAAAAGUAACUGACUUAAUAAAUUGCCAUAAUCUCGUAAUUAACGUCAUCAAUAUAUAUUUCCUUAUCUCUAAUAUUAUUGUUAUAUGUAUAUAUAAGAAUUAAAAUACUCAAUCUAUAUAUAAUACACUGCCUUGCUCCAAUGAUGAAAUAACGUGUGAAUAAUUGCAAUAAAUACUGAAUAACCUGUAUAUCUAGUCCUGUUGCUCAUUGUUUUUUCUGAUUAAGAUAAUACUUGCACAAAUUAACCAUAUUAAACAUAUAGAUCUGAAUAUCUUGAAUAUCUUUAGCUAAAAUCCUGAAUGCUAAGGUUGGCUACAGAACUGUAGGCUGUUAUUUUACACAUCAUAUAAAAUCCUUACAAAUGCACUUUCAAACCUUGAUGCUGCCAUAAAAUACUGCUCUAUAAUAUCUGGAAGUCUACUUCACAACCAUUGCAUCUUACAUUAUUUAUUUAUUGGGUGUAUUCUGCAAGCUAUCUUUGUAAAGUUGCUUAAUGAUAAUUUCUAGUAAUCCACUUUGCUUCAUUCUCAUUGUAUAUGAAACCACUUUGGAUUGGAACUUUUUAGAUUUUAUGACAUUCUUAUGUCUGCAACCCAAACGACUAUUUCAAUUAAAUAGAAGCCAAAACCCUGACAACGUCUUAGUGCACAGAAACAUGAAAACAUUUAUGGGUUUUUAUAUAAUUACAAGUAGACAUUUAUUUUAGUUUAUAUUAAUUGCCUCUUCAAAUAAGACAAUCAACUGUAUUAUGUUACUUUAUGGAAAAACUUUAAACUUGAAAUGUAAGUUUAUAAUAUGUAUUCAGCUGGACGUUCUGUUAGUGAUAAACAUAACACACCAAGGCACUCACAGAGAAAAUAUUUCUUGUAUAAGACAAGAAACGUUGAGAAAGCUGAGCAAACGUUUURCUAUAUAAAUAAUAUUAUCUUACCAUACCACAGGCUCGAGACUUAUUUCUAUUCGCGUAUCCUAGCUUUUGCUAUUUCUUUAUUACGUUAUCUAGCUUGAAUGAGGGUCCUUCUUCUAGCUUAAAGCUUAUAAGCUAAUAAAUGUACCCAAAGACACGCGAUAGUAAUAUAAGCAAAAAAAAGUUGUUAAACUUUGAGGCGAAAUGAGAGAAAGAAUUCGCGCAAUAAAWGUGUGGACUCUGUGUCA